CUAGGUGUUAUUGGAAACAACAAAGCUAUAGGAAAAUACAUCACAACUAUGAUCUUUCUGUAUUUUGCCUGCCUCCUUCCAUCCAUUGCAUUUGGGUCACUCAAUGAUGAGAAUACCGGCGGAGCUAUGGAUGUGCAGAAGACAAUCAUUGGCCAGUGUAUCGGAGGGCUGCUUUACGCACUCUUUUCAGGGCAACCUCUAGUUGUACUCUUAACGACGGCUCCUCUAGCACUCUACAUUAACGUCAUCCGAGGAAUCUGUGAUGACUACAACUUGGAUUUCAGUGCUUUCUAUGCCUGGAUUGGACUGUGGAACAGCUUUUUCCUUGUGAUGUACUCCCUCUUUAAUUUCAGUCUUCUGAUGAAGCUCUUUAAAAGGUCAAUAGAAGAAAUAAUUGCACUUUUUAUAUCCAUCACGUUCGUGCUUGAUGCCUUCAAAGGCAUUAUUAAAGUUUUUAAGAAAUAUUACUACCAUGGGCGCACAGGAGACAGUUACUUGGAAAAAGCACAAGCUAAUGCUAUUCCAAGCCUCGGCAUCAAUACCACCUUCUUGAUGAAUUCAUCAGUGAGCAGAUCCAUGUCCCUAGAGAAUCAAACAGGCACGUAUGAUGUGCAUCAUGGACGUGAAACUGCCGUCCUUAGUCUCAUGUUGAUGUUGGGUACCCUUUGGCUUGGUCAUACGCUCUAUCAGUUUAAGAAAAGCCCAUAUUUGCACGCGAGAGUACGUGAAAUUCUAUCCGACUGUGCCUUACCGAUUUCCGUUCUGACUUUCUCUCUUGUGGGUUCCUAUAUCUUCAAGGAAAUUGAAAUGUCUAAAUUUAACUACAACCCAUCGGAGCGCUUGUUCGUGCUGGCCCCAGUUCAGUCCCUCUCCAUCGGGUCAGUGAUGAGCGCCAUGGGGCUGGGGUUCAUCCUGUCGAUGCUCUUCUUCAUAGAGCAGAACAUCGUGGCAUCACUCACAAACGCUCCAGAGAACAGGUUGGUGAAGGGAACAGCUUAUCACUGGGACCUCCUGCUCGUCGCGCUGAUUAACACGGGGCUCUCAGUCUUCGGCCUCCCGUGGAUCCACGCCGCCUUCCCUCACUCCCCCAUGCACGUCCGCGCCCUGGCCUACGUGGAGGAAAGGGUUGAAAACGGACACAUCUACGAGACGAUUGUGAGUGUGAAGGAGACCCGGCUGACAAGUCUAGUGGCAAACUUCUUGGUUGGCCUCUCGCUCCUGCUCCUCCCUUUCCCUCUCCAGUGGAUCCCAAAGCCCGUCCUUGAUGGCCUCUUCCUCUACAUCGCGCUGACCUCCAUCGAUGGGAACCAGCUCUUUGAAAGGGUGGCUCUCCUGCUCAAAGAACAGACUGCUUAUCCUCCGACACAUUACAUCCGCAGAGUGCCCCAGAGGAAGAUCCACUAUUUCACAGGCUUGCAGGUCCUGCAACUCCUCAUCCUCUGUGGUUUUGGCAUGUCACCGUUGCCCUACAUGAAGAUGAUCUUCCCGCUCAUCAUGAUAGGGAUGAUCCCAAUCAGGUAUAACCUGCUCCCUAGGAUCAUCGAAGCCAAGUACUUGGAUGCUAUGGAUGCAGAGCAUUGAACAGGGUCCUCCACUCACGGAGCAGUGAGGAGAGCUCUUUUGGAGUUGGAAGGUGGCUUUGCCGAGGCGUAGAACAAUCUCUCUGCAGUUCUUUCUUUCACCACUUUCUUUCUGCUCUAAUAUGACGUUGGUAAUGCACACGUAUCAAAGACCAAAUGAGUGUUGAAGUGUCAGACCAAAACAGCCUUGGACUUGGGAGGCCGAUGCUUUUUUGGAGCUGUGAAGCAAGCAAGCUUUAUGGAAAAUAUUACUUUCCACAUCCCAAAACUGGAAACCCCAAAGAUCAGCAUGUCUACGGUUGGAGCAUGCAUUCUCAGAGUUGUUAUGUGUUCCUGUGUUUGAG